UGCACCAAAUGCCCACCCCACUGUGUGUUUUCUUUGACCAGCCCUCAUUUUCUUUUCUAAUUGGCUCUGUUUAAUCUGCUUAGGAUUGUGCAUUCUGUUCCAUGAUUGUGGUGUGAAGAAAAAUGCCCCAAAACUUAGUAGCUUAAAACAACAGUCAUUGGAUUAGAAUUCAUGCAUUCUGUAGGCAGAAGAUUUGAGAAGGACUUCAGUAAUGCUGUUGCUUCAGGCAGUUUGAUUGAGUUCAGCUGUGAUCCUCAGCUAGUCUAGCAUGUCUUCAUGUGGCUGGUGCUUUGCAGGGGAUUUCUCAGAGGCUGGGUGUAGCUGCGUCAUGUGGCCUCCCCAGCAAGGUGCUCUUAGCUUAGCUGGCCACUCUCCAUGGUUGAGCAUUCCAAGGAAACUAGGUGAGAGCUUUGUGGGUUUUCUGACCUAACUUCAGAAUUGAUACAGCAUUGCCUCUGAUGCAUUCUCCUCAUGGUAGGCCAGCCCACAUUCAUCGGAGGUGAGUUGGACUCCACCCCUUGAUGGCAGAGUGGCAGGGUCAUGUUAUAGAAGACAAUAGAUGAUGGGAGAUAGGGUUGUAGCUAUCUUUGCAAAAGACAGUCUGCAACUCUGAAAAAACUAGCUGCAUUCAGACCUAUAAAUGAAAGAACUUUUAAAGGAGACCUCAAAACUUCUUUGGCUAAGGCGAUGUGGACCUCGGCUCUCUGCUUCCUGUGUCUUCCGGGAGCAGCCAGGAACCAUGUUCAUCUUGUACAUGUUGAUAACAGGUGUUUCUGCAUUUACCCUUCAGGCAGAGGAGCAUGCAGGACCCUGCCGAUUCCGUGGCAAGCAUUUCAAAAUGCAAUUCAGGUUGGAAGGGGAGCCGGUGGUCCUCAGAUGCCCCCAGACAUGGUCUUGGGAGGGAGUUUCUGUUGACCCCCACGCCAACCAGACCUGGCGUAGAAACAGCUCUGCUCAGAUGGUCCCAGGAAAAGAAGCACGAAUGUGGUUCAAGGAUGGCACACUCUGGCUGCUGCCUGCCUUGCGGGCAGAUUCUGACACCUACAUCUGCACCGUCAGAAAUGCCUCGUACUGUGAUGAAAUGUCCGUUGAGCUCCGGGUUUUUGAAAACACAGAAGUAUCCCUGCCGUUUGUCUCAUACCCACAGAUCCUGACCUCAGCAACUUCUGGGUCACUGGUGUGCCCUGACUUGAGUGAAUUCACUCGUAACAAAACUGACAUGCUGAUUCGAUGGUAUAAGGAUUCUACCCUUCUGGGUCAAGACAAUGAGAAGUUUCUAAGCGUGACGGGCACCCCUCACUUAGUCAUCCACGAUGUGUCCGUGGAGGAUGCGGGCUAUUACAAGUGUGCACUGACAUUUUCCCAUGAAGGAAGGCAGUACAACGUCACAAGGACUAUUGAACUGCGCGUCAAGCAGAGAAGAGAAGGGACAGUUCCUGUGAUUAUUUCCCCCCUGCAGACCAUCUCAGCGGCUCUGGGGUCGAGACUGACAAUCCCAUGUAAGGUGUUUCUGGGAGCUGGCACGCCCUUAAAUACCAUGCUGUGGUGGAUGGCCAAUGACACUGAGGUGAACAGUGCCUACCAGGGAGGCCGUGUGACAGAGGGACCACGCCAGGAAUAUUCAGAAAAUCAUGAGAACUACGUAGAAAUGCCAUUGGUUUUCAAUCCUGUAGCAAGAGAAGAUUUGGACACGGAUUUUAAGUGUAUGGUCUUUAAUACACAGAGUCUUCAGACGCUACACGCCACAGUCAGAGAAGCCUCCUCCUCAUUCUCCUGGGGAAUUGCACUGGCCCCCCUGAUGCUGCUCUUCUUGGUUUUGGGAGGUAUAUGCUUGUACAAACGGGGCAAACGCAGAGCUGGCAAAACCUAUGGUCUGACGACGCUAAGGACUGGCCACCAAGACUUCCCAUCCUACCCAAGCACAAUAAAGGAGGUGAAAUAAUGCCAACAGGAGCCACAUCCUGUCUCACGGAA